AUGAAAAAUAUAUUUAAAGAGAAAUCAAAAAAUAAAAAACAGCCAGUUGAAUUAAGAAAUCCUCCUCGCUAUGAUAAUACAAGACCUCCCCUACCAUCUCCAAACCAUUCUUAUAACAACCCUUCUUUUCCUGCUCAGCAGUCUCAAAACCAUCAAUACCAAUUUCACCCUGAUCAUUAUACCUCACAACCAUAUACUCAAUCGUCCUCGAUAACGUCUCAAUAUGAAAAUUAUGGUAAUCCUCAUUCAAGAACUUCUUCAGGAGAUUAUACUCCUUCACUUGGCCAUUCCACUUUCAGUGAAACGUCAACACGAAGUAUUGAUUCUGUUAGAACUUCUGCUGCUUUUUCGUCUAUUGAUUUACCUGGUUGGGUUGGCGGCCAUCACAGAGGUGAUAAAAACGAACCUACUAGGCCUUCUGAUGAAGAGAUUGAACGUUUGUUCUUAAAUAUGAUGAGAAAAUUAGAUUUGGGAAAUCUUUCCGAGGCAAUGCUGAGCAUGCCAAUCGAAAAUAAAUGGACAUUAAUAAAGAAUAAUAUGCUAACGGAAGAGAAAACACAUUCUGCUACUUCGAAGGAUAAUCCUGUUAACAACGCUGGUAAUCCAAAUACUCCAGAAUAUUAUCUUAAAAAAAUUAUGGAUGGAACUAUAACUUUCAGGCAUAUGAACUCACUCAGUGUUGCUCUAAGGACAUUUCCUAUAACGCUAGAUGCUGAUUUACAAAUGGAAUAUGAGAUUAUUAAAUGUUUAAAAUCACUGUUAAACAAUAGAUGGGGAGCUCAGGAAGCUCUGACGCAUCCAUCAUGCAUUCAUAGUAUCACAUUUUCACUUGUUUCUCCUCAACUGAACACCCGCAAAUUGGUGGCCGAAGUCCUUUCUUUCUUUUGUUAUUGUGAAAUCCCCACCGGUCACACUCUCGUAUUAGAAGGUUUUGAUCAACAUCAACGAUUUCUUAAUGAACAUGGAAGGUUUGAUGCAUGGAUGAGAGUACUGGAAAACACAAUUGAUGGACGUGGGCGAUAUGGGAGUUUGGUAGAUGCGAGCGAAGAAUUUAAAAAAGGAGGUAUAGGAAUGGAUAGUUCGUUGAUGGAAUAUGUGUUAGCAAAUAUGAUUCUGGUGAAUUCAAUAAUCGGUGUAUGUGAUGACGUUGAAAUUCGGGUACAUUUAAGAAACCAACUACACGCAUGUGGACUGACACGUAUAAUUGAUAAAAUGAAAGCGUUGAAUUACGAGCUUAUUAAUCGUCAAAUAAGCAAGUUUGAACGUGAAAGUGAAUUGGAUUAUGAAGAAGUUGUUCUUGAUCGUCAUGGGCUUGACCAAGACUGGAGUCAGUCUGUGGGUCUCACCGUUUCACAGGUCCUUGCUAAGAUGGUCGAUCAAGAUAAACUCAAUGCUGCUCUUCAAGAAGCAGAGGAAGCUAAAGCCGCUUUAGCAAAAGUUUUACGUGAGAAACAAGAGUUUACGUCAAAACAGGAAGUGUCAUCCGAUACAGGCGGUGAAUUAAAAAAUAAAAUUGAAUCACUCGAAGAACUCUUACGCAUCUCUCGGCACACCAUUAAGACACUUCAACAACGAAACGCAGAUCUGGAAGCCAGUUAUCGUGAAAAACUAGCUGAGUUGACUGUUCAACUGCGUGAACUUGAGACAAUAAUAAAGGAACAACAAGGACAUGGGACUGAUACUACUGUUGAUCGAACAGAACUUAUCAAACAAUUAGAAAGAAUGCAGAAAAUACGUGAAACGGAAAGAAUAUUGGAAGGGGAUCGAAAAGUUUGGACACCACCUUCAUUUGGAGAUUUAAAGAUGCCAGAUGCAAAUGAAUAUAUUGGUAAUCUGAGCAGUCAGAGUGCAGUACCGCAAUAUCCUGAUUAUGAUAAAGCCAAUUUUACCGGUGGAUUCAGAAUUCCCGAACAACCUCCACGAAUGGAUGCUGAUGUUUUAAAAGAACUUAAACAACGUCAUGAUGGUAUAUUUGGUCAUACAUCAGCCAGUGAACAUUCAAAUGAACAAUCUCAACAUCCACCUGCAUCAAUUUCACAAACCUCAUCUACUCCUGAUGUAACGUCUAAGAUACAACAACCUCAACCCAGUUUACCUGCUGAAUCUGGCUCAACAGUUUCACAGACGACUGAUUUGCAGACCACAGAAUUGGAAAAUUCAUCGUCUCAACCUUCAGCCGCAUCCCCAUCAGUUUCUUCAAAAAUGACAUCACCAUCACAGUCUUCGAACAUACCACCACCGCCUCCACCACUGGUCACACAAUCUUCGAAUAUACCACCUCCUCCUCCACCACCAGCCACACAGUCUUCGAACAUACCACCACCUCCUCCUCCACCGCCAUUCACACAGUCAUCGAAUAUACCACCUCCUCCUCCACCACCAGCCACACAGUCUUCGAACAUACCACCACCUCCGCCACCACCAGGAAAAACUGGUGGCCCACCACCGCCGCCACCACCACCAAGUAAAACUGGUGGCCCACCGCCACCACCACCACCACCAGGAAAAGUUGGAGGUCCACCACCACCACCGCCACCACCAGGAGGAAAAGCCAGAGGUGCCGGAGGUCCACCACCACCACCAGGAAAAGCUGGAGGUCCUCCACCACCAGGAGGUUUUCGAGCACAGGCAACUUCAAAUAAUCGUAAAGAAGUCCCAUACAUGACUAUGAAGAAACUUAAGCAACUUCAAUGGGAUAAGAUUAAUUAUCUGUCUAUUAAUAAAACAUUCUGGGGACAAGGAAAUUUGAGUGAUGAAGAGCUAAUUAAGUUACUUGGUGGAGAAUCUGACGUUUUUGGUAACAUUGAACAAUUAUUUGAAGCUUAUGAAGCUAAAGAAAGAAAGAAGGUUGAAAAGAAGGAAGAAAUUAGUGUUUUGGAUCCAAAGAGAGCUUAUAAUAUUAAUGUGGCACUUGGUCGUUAUAAAGAUGUAUCAUUUGUGGAAAUACAUCAGAAGAUUGUCGGUUUUGAUACACUCUUCUGUACUGAGAAUUUACUUAAUCAAUUAAUGUUAUAUAUUCCAACACCUGAAGAACGUGGUAAAUUGUCAGUAUAUAAAGAUGGUCCUGAAGACAUGCUCGAAAAUUUGGCUCGUGCUGAUCGAUUCUUUGUCGAGGUGAUGAAGAUUCAUCGAUACGAACAACGCCUUAAAUUUAUGUAUUUCUACGUUACUUUUGACGAGAAAUUCAGAGAUUUGGAACGCGAUAUUGUAUCAGUAUUGAAUGCAUCCAUAGCACUUAAAGAAUCAGAACAUUUUAAAGAAUUGUUAAAUCUUAUUUUAUUAAUUGGAAAUUACAUGAAUGGAUCUGGUAAUAAAGGAGGUGCUUACGGAUUUAAGAUUCAAAGUAUUAAUAAGCUCGUGGAUACUAAAGCUGCGAAAAGUUCAUCAAUUACUUUAUUGCAUUUUUUGGCCGAUACAGUUGAAACUAAAUUACCUAAUAUGUUGAGUUUUGUUGAUGAGAUAGCGGAAUGUGGGUCUGCUUGUAGAGUAUCACAACAAGAAAUGACAAAUGAAUAUCGGCAAAUGGGGACCCUGUUAAACGAUUUAGCAAUUGAAUUACAGAAACAUUUUGGAGAUGAAGUUGAAUUAGAAAAUAAUGACAAAUUCCCUGAAAUAAUGAAAGAGUUUGUUGUAAUGUCACAAAAAAAAUUCGAAGAUUUACAGAUGGAAUAUACUUCUAUGGAAGUUGCUUAUAAGGAUGUUGUAGCGUACUAUGGUGAAGAUUCCAAAAACACUAAACCUGAUGAAUUUUUUGGAAUAUUUAAGACUUUUCUCACUAGUUUUGAGCGGGUGAGAACUGAUAAUAAAGCUAUAAAAGACCGUGAAUUAGCUGCUAAAAAGCGAAAAGAGGAAAUUGAACAGCGAAAGAAAUUGGCUAAUAAGCCGAGCACAGGAGUGCAAAUGACAGCUCAAUUAAAUCCAUCAGAUGAAAAACAUUUAAUGGAUAAUUUAUUGGAAAAAUUGCGUGAUGGUGGAGAUUUAGAGACUCGAGCAAAGAGGCGUGGUGGAAAAGGUGACAAAGAGGGAGGAGACCUAAGAGUUUCAAGAAGUAUGAGUAUCGCAAUUAGGGCUGAAGAUAUACUAAAAAGAUUGAAAGAGGAUUCUGGCAAUGUACCCUUACCACCGUUGCCAGAAAUGCCGAAAGAAAUUGUUGCAGAAUAA